GAAGAAGAAGGCUGUAAAUAAAUUGACCUGCAGGCGCCUUGCAGUUUACAAAGGAAUAGAUAUUUUGUCUUUCGAGACUUUAUGCAUCAUGUGGACUGAACUGUGACUAUUCCAAAGCCAUCCUUCACUGAAUACCGCUCCAAAUGAUCCCUCUGGGGUACUGAGCUCUUUGUUGGGGCGUUUUCAACAGUCACCGUCACCAAGCCUGUUGAUGGACUCUUUAUUAGAUCUGAGCGCGAGGUGUGUGGCUCAGUAUGCAGACUGCUAUAUGGAGUGCAUUAGGACAUUACCAUUCAGUAUCAAGGACAAACUGCUACAAAUAAUGACGAGUAGAGGCACUCUUACUGAUUCCAACAUAAGUCAGCUCCUGCAUGCAGGAAUUCGCACCAUCAACCUGUGCAACUGCAACAUUACAGACUCGGCACUCAGACAAAUCCACUGUCCGCAACUAAAGAGUAUAAUACUAAAAGGAUGUGUGCACAUCACAUCAGAAGGUUUGAAAGCUUUGGCCUCACACUGUGUGGGUCUUCAGGUAGUUGACCUCACUGGGUGCGUGGCUGUAAUCGACUCGGGUGUACGAGCGCUAGCGCGAAACUGUAAGUGGCUAGAGGUCAUCUCCCUCCGUGAAUGCCCUGCAAUCAGUGAUGUAGCCCUGAUUGAGCUCGGGGCUAACUGCAGGUGUCUGUGCAGCAUCGAUUUUGAUGGGACAGAGGUCACUGAUGAAGGUGUUCUUGGUCUUGCAACUGGAGUGUGCUGUCAGAGCUUAAAGGAGUUACAGAUGACACGGUGCCAUAACUUAACAGACAAGGCUGUGGCUGCUGUUCUCUCAAACUGUCUCAACAUUCGAUAUUUCUAUUUUCACGGAUGUCCCCUAAUUACAGAUAAAUCCAGGGAGGCACUUCAUAACUUUCUGGGGCCUAACAAGAUUCAACAGGUCUCCUGGACUGUGUACUGAGUCUUCUCUAAUGCAUGCUUUGAGCUCAUGCAGUAUGUCCAUGUACCUGUUAAUGCAUACAAAAAUCUACAGUGGAAAAAUGCAUAGUAAACACGUUAAUCAGUUUUACUUUCUCAAGCCACAGGUGUCACUGCUAUAAUUUGCAUAUAAUCGCCAAGAUUUUGUGUUCUGAGCUACUGAAAGUGUCCAUACUGUAGCUUAGGUGAAACGAGUGUGUAUAGCUUAUGGAAUUUCAGUGAUGUGAAUAUGCUAAAUAUUAGUAACACUUUUUUUUUUUUUUAAAUUAACUUUUGUAAAGUACUUUUUGGAUGCAAGAACCUUAAUUUUUCUUAAUGUCAAUUACUAAUGAAGAUGGUCAAUAAACAUCAUUAAUUAAAUAAAUGUCUGUUAUAGUAAUAAAAUAUUUCUAAAACUGCAGCACAGCUGCUUGCAACACAACUCUGUUCAUCAUAAAUCACUUGUGUUUAAAAUGUACAAAAUUUGUUCUGGAAGAAAAAAAAAAUAAUCCAUGAGAGAGAGGGAAGAGUUCAGGAGAGAGGUGACAUGAGAGGGAUUUCUUGCAUCUUUAGUUUAGAGAAGGAUGAUUUUUCUGUCAACAUCUCUUUUUGAAUGAACCAGUUUCUUGAAUGAACUCUGAGCUAGACAGGGUUGGUUUUUUUAUUUAUUUUCUUGCUUGCUUUGAACUUUUGUGGUAGUACUGAACAAUUUGUGGGUAAGAAUGAGGUAAAAGAAUUAUUUAUUUAUUGGAUUUUGAAACGGGUGAUUGUAAUCAUGAUUUGGUACAAAAUCCGGAUCCAGGAAAGGCCUAGUGUUUGAGGAACAAAGAUGGGCCAAGGAUCUCUAGUUUGUCAACAAAUGUGUGAAGAAACUUAUUGAAAUUUUAAAAACAAUAUUCCUCAAAGAAAGAUAGGAAGGGGAUUUUGAUAUUUCAGUUUCUAUGAUGCAUAAAGUCUCUUAAAUGAUUCAAGGAAUCUGGAGGAAUUUGUGCCUAAAAGGGCAAGGGCACAAGCCUAAGCUGAACACCCAUGAUCUCCGAUCCCUCAGACGGCACUGCAUCAAGAACUAUCAUUCAUCUAUAGCUGAUAUAACUACAUGGGCUCAGCAUUACUUUGGCAAACCUUUCUCUAGCACUACAAUACAGAGUUACAUCCACAAAUACCAGUUAAAACUUUACUGUGCAGAAACGAAGCCUUUUGUUAAUUAUGUCCAGAAGCGCCAUCGACU